AUGAAGGGUAAAAAGUCCAAAGGGGACAAUAAUGCUGUGUCUUUGAAAAAAGGUCCAAGGGGUACCCCAGCGGGGGACAUAACGCAGGAUGCUCAAAGCGACAGCUCAGACGAUUUGAUCAUUGGGAACAUGGCUGAGUUAAACGAGAAGGACGGUGCGAAGAAGACGUUCCCAAAGAUCGUUCAGAUGAAGAGAGAUAUCAGAAAGCUCAAAAAGGAAAAGGCUAUGAUCAGCAAAAUGGACGCUGAGGACAAGGAAAAGGCGGAGCAUAUGCUGCAAGUGCAGAAGGCCCUGCGCAAGUCCAAGGGAGAAAAAAUUUACGAUGAAAAGAGCCUCAAGAAACGAAACCAAAGAAUUUUGAGGAAAAAAAAUAAGUCACGCAAACGAUGGGCAGAGAAGCUGGCCAAGGGGUAA